UAGAAAGGAAUCGAAAACCACCAGAAAUGUCCCGAGUCCUACGCAUAGCCAUCCUAGAAUGCGAAAAGCCCCUCCCCAAAGCCCAAGCCGCCCGCGGCUCAUUCGGCGACAUCUUCCACAACUUCUUCGCCCAGGGCCUCCAGGGCCUCGGACCCGAAGCGGCGGCGGCAGAUGUGCGCCUUGACGUGAGCAAGUGGGACACCAUGGCAGGCGAUUACCCUCAGAUAGAGGAUGUCGACGUGUUUGCUCUCACGGGAAGCUACGGCACAGCCUUCUACAACGACCCAUGGAUCGUGACCCUAGUCGACUUCGUCAAGCACACUCUCGAAUCGACAGACACGAAAGUAUUCGGCAUCUGCUUCGGCCACCAAGUCAUUGGCCGCGCCCUCGGAGCCGACGUCAACCGCAACCCGCACGGCUGGGAAAUCUCCGUCGAGAAUCUUGUUCUGAACGAGCAGGGCCAGGAGUUACUCGGUGUUCCAUCACUGAACUUGCAUCAGAUGCAUCGCGAUGCCGUACUGGGCGUGCCUCCCGGCAUCACCAACCUCGGCUCCAGCAUAAAAUGUUCCGUACAGAUCCUCUACCAGCCGGGCCGGCUGCUCUCAUUUCAGGGGCAUCCGGAAUUCGACGAGCUCAUCAACGAGGAGAUUAUCCGGGCGGACAACGAGAACGGGCACGCAUUUGACGACGAAACGUUUCGGGACGCUCUCGAGCGUGUUAGCCGUCCCCAUGACGGGCCCCUCAUGGCGAGUCGCGUCAUGGAAUUCUUUCUUGGUAGCGGGAAGUGGAAGGACGUGGUAUGA